AAUGCGGUUAAGAGCUACUCUUGAGGUUAUGUUAUUUUGACAUUUGUCAAUGGUCAGGCUUUUUAAAUUGCCGGUGUUUAUCCACUGAAAAUGAAUUUAAACAACGAUUUUGUAAGUAUUCAAGGGAUAGUCGUUAACGCUGAAAAAAACGCAGGCUCGCUUAAGAAAAUCAAAUACCGAGGAGGUAAUGAAUCCACAAUUUUGAAUAUUGUGGCAGAGUUUCAUAAGUUUUUCGAUUCAAAAAGUUACAUCAAAGACAAUAAGAUUAAUGAAACUUUUGAAAAUCAGUUGACUGAAAUUUGUAUUUUCCUCAUUCUCAAUACUGAAUUGCGCCAACCUAUUAACAAUUCCGAAUUUCAACAUUUAAUUAAUAUAUUACCUCAAAUAUCACCGUGUUUGUUAGCAAAUGUGAUGAUGGGUCUUGAUUUAAGUCCCCAUUUUUGCAAAGCAUUGUUGCGGUUUGAUUUGGACAUAAUUGAGGAACUUUUGGUUGAAAUGAUUCCUUGUCUCAAGAAAAGUAAACCAAAAACUCACAUUCAAAACGCACAGGAGUACUUGAAACUGAUAAUCCUGAAACUGUCUGCGUCAAACGAAGGGUGGUCUGAAGGCUGUGAAAAAUUAUGCGAUGCUGGGUCACAAAUUUUAUUAAAUUUGACAGGCCUUCACGGAGAUCAAGUUCAAGACUUGAAAAUAGACUCAGUUUACCAAUGUAUGGGUCUCACAAUUCACAAUCUGCUGGAUUUGUUGUUAAUGUGUGACGAUAAAAACAAACUAGCACCACUCGUCGAGAAGUUCAUCAAGACAUGUUGCUCCAUCAUGAUGGCUGUUACUCUCGACGUAUUUUGUUCAUGGGCAGAGUUUCAGUAUGAAGGGGAGCCUUUGCAGAGCGCAAUCGCUGGCAAAAGUUACCUAUUUAUAAAUAAAUACCAAAAAAACCCACUGGCCAAAGAACUGAUCACAAUGUUGGGCACCAUAGCUCAGAAACCUAAAACCAUCGACGACCUCAUUCUGCAAGCCGAUGUCCCAACAAUGAUUUCAAAGAUAAAUAGAGUCGACGUUAACCAAAAACAGUGGUUUACGGCCUUGCUCAAUACUCAAGUUUUGAAAUGCGAAAAAAGUAUUGAAUGCAUUGAGCGUUGGGCGCAUUUGUGCACUGUUAGCGACGUCACACAUUUAAUUAACAUGGGGGUGCUUAGUAAAGACCCCCGGGCAAAAAAAUUGGUCAUUAAGUGUGCCUCAACGUUGGAUUUGAACGACUUAAUUUUAGUUACAAUCCGGCAUUUUCACAAAAAUGGAAUUAUGAGCAAUUUUAAUGAAGAUUUACAGCAAGAUUUGAUACUGUUUUUCAAUAAAAUCAAAAAUAAAAGUGUAGAUGAAGUUUUUUGUAAAGAACUCCAUUUGUUACUCUUGCAAAAUCCCGAACAAACACUGACUUAUGUUUUCGUCGAGUGCUUGAAAAAUAGUUUUUAUUUAACUAGUUUGGCGAAUGCCUGGCCUUCGCUUAAGGAAGUCCUAACAAUAGGCGAUUUCGGCUUGAAUUUAUUGAACACUCAAAUAAAUAACAAUACACCAACUGAACAGACUUAUAAGUAUUAUUCGGAACUACUGAACGCACUAAUAAGUGCCGAAAUAUUUCCAAUUGAAAGGAUAAUUGGUGUUGUGGUCUUGCCCUUACUAGAAAACGCCAACAAGGAGGCAAAUUACCAACUUUUGAAAAACGGUUUAAUUAUUUUAAAGGAUUUGCAAGGACACAUUUCCGUGAAGCAAGAAAAUGAACACUUAUUCAAACUUAUUUUUGAAGUUAUGAAAAAUUGCAGGUGCACUUUUUUGAACUUUGACAGCUUGAAACAAGAAGUUGUGAGACAAACUGUUGAUAUUAUUGAAAAGUGCUGCGACCUACGUCCGUGUGUGUCAUAUGUAGUUAAACCCAACAACUGCGAGGACAUUUUUGUGUCAUUUUACUACAAAAAAGUGUUUGAAUCUGGUUCCAGUAGUGAUCUAUUAAAACAUUUUUUUCCAAUUACCUUUAAAAAACAUGCAGAAAUCGUUGCUCACCUUACAAAAAUUUUGCCGUUGUGUGUGACACCUGAAUGGAUGAUUAUUUCACGAAGUAUAAUUGAUUUGUGUGGUGUAGAGAAAAGUAUCGAAUUAAUUUGCGACGUUACAAUCCUUUUAUGCGAAGUUAAAAACAGUCAGAAGACAGAAACUGACGAAACAAAAUGUAUGUUAAGUGCUUUAAAAUAUUUUCUUCAAAAUGUCGGGGUUGUGGUUAAGGAAUGUAUUCAACCGAAAGUGAUCCACCUUUCCGAAGAUGUUUCAAUUACUAGAAACAUUUGUCGCAUGCUGAAACAAAUCCCUGAUGGUAAUUUGAAGAGUGAAGAAGGACUCUCAUUAGCGAAUCUUCUAUCAGAUGCAUCGUUAAAAACUCUCAAACCUGAUAAAAAAUUUGCUCGUCUGGUGGCAUCAAUCAAUGAAACUCACAUUUGUAAAAUGUUAACACAAAAAAUCCUGAGUUAAUUUUUCCAUUUUUAUUAAUUAAAAUAUUUUCGUAUUGACAA